AACACUCUGUUUUUUCAAAGUUUUUACACACUCUCCUGUGAGGCUGAUCAUUUUCAGGACACAUUUGAGGCUGUUCAGUGUAGAAUGUGCAGGUUUGCUUUUGGGUGAAGGAGAAAAGUGUGAGUGGAAGCUGCUGACUGGGUCAACAGAGGCUGAAGACUGAGGAAACAUGCAAGCUGUCAUUGGACUGUUGGUGAUGCUACUCAGAGUCUCUCACGGUGUGGAAACAUGUGAUGGCAGACAGAAUGGAUCUCAGUGUUAUGGAGCUUUGGGAGGAACUGUGGUCCUCCAGCUGAUGGACAGCGCCUCAGAAAUAUUUAAAUACCAAUUGUUAAGCAACAGAACAGUAUUACUUGCAGGGAGAAAGAAUCAGAUUGUGUCUAAUCUGAUAGAAGACAGAUCCUCAUUUACUCCCAGUAAUGGAACAUUUAGGAUCAACAAACUGAGCUGGACUGAUGGUGGUGAAUAUACUCUUGAAAUCUUUGAUUCAAAUGGAAAGAGAUUAGAGCAGCGGACUCUACAUUUGACCAUUCAAGCUCCUGUGUCCUCUGUCCUGCUGGUCUCUGAGUGUCUGUCCCAGGGAGAGAUGAGGGUGUCCUGCUCCUCUGAGGGAGGGGACAGUCCUCAGUACAGCUGGACUCUGGAUGGACACACACUGACAGACGCUCAGCUCCUCUCUGGAAACAAUGAGAGUAACAACAUCACUCUGAAACAAGAUGUGUCAGGACAGCUGGUCUGCUCAGCCAGGAAUAACGUCAGUAGUGUCUCCAAAAAAGAGAAGAUAUCUACCUGUGGCUUCAUAUUCAUUAACUGCACCAUCAAUAUGACACACAUAUCACAGUGGGUGCUUGAAGCCAAUAACACCCUGUGUAUUGAGCCAACAACAACAACAACACCUACCACAGUCACUACUGCGGGUAAGGACCCUGGCAAAGUGUCAAUUAAAUCGUCCACUAAUAUCACAUCCUCCAAUCAAACUCCCAGCAGAGAUGUCCCAUGGUACAUCAACAAUUUGACAAUAAUCGCCGGCGUACUUUCUGCACUGGUAAUUCUAUUAGUGGCCGGGGUGGUAGUCGUCUGUGCUCACAAGAAAAAGGAAAACAACAAACCAAAAGAAGAAGAAGAUGAACAGGAAUUAACCUAUGCUGAUGUCAGGGUCAUGCAGCGACCUGGGAGGCAGAUGCAGCAAAAAGAAGAGGUGGAGGUUGAGUACGGCCAAGUCAAGAUUUCAAAGCAACCUCGCCAGGCCAUUGAACCAGCAGUAGAUGAAUGUGUGUAUGCCAAAGUCCGCAGAGGCAGGUGAUUCAGUGUUCACUGCACCGCUGAAGGCAGGUGGAGGAGGUGUGCCAAGAUGCCUGAAGGUCUUUCACCUUAAUUUAAUGUGAUUUCCAAUAGGAAAAUAAAAAGCCAUCAGCGCUCAUUAUUUUAUUCACCUUUACUGUACUUCUGGGUUGUGACUGAGCAUCAAAGUAUCAGCUCCAGCAUUUGAAUCACAGUGUGGCUAGUUUUUAUAGACUAGAUUAUGUAUUAUGACUAUUUAAUAUUUUCUUAAGAAUGUAUUUUACCACAAUUUUAAUAUCUCUUAUCUUUAGAUUAUGUUCCACUUGCUCAUUUUUACUUGUGUCUAAUUUAUGAGCAUAUUUACUUUUAUUUCAUAGUUAAAACUGAAAACUUGAUAAUACAAAUUUUAAGAACAAAAAUGUCUUUGCAAUGUAUUUUUUGUAUUAGCCUACAAUGAUUGGCAGACAUGAACCGUACUCUAAAGUGCCUGAAAAAGUGGCAUCAGUACUUUUAUAAUGUUGGUUAAUCAGCUGUGUUUACAUGUCAUCGAAAAUGGCUACUUUUAUCUUCAUGUCAAAGUAAUAAAGUCUGCAUUUACUUAAAUCAAAAUCUAUUUAUUCAACAGAUGUUGAUGGAUGAGUCAAGGGUCAAAGUUUAUCAAACAAACUAACAUGCUCUUGCAUUUGUAGAUUUAUUAAAGGUUCGGUGUGGUGCGUGAGUGUUAUUAUCAAA